AUGGAUGGUCCUCAUCAUUUGUUCCACUCCCCCUUCCCACCGCUGCAGACCGUGCCACUGCUGCUGCCGUGCCUCAUGAGCGGCUCGCCCCACCACCGCGCGCAGCGCACGUGGCUGCUGCACCUCCUGGCCGCCCUCGCCCUCCCACCCUUCCAUGCCUCCCCUGCAGCCCCCGCCCCUUUGAUACUUCCCCUUGCCCCACAACUGGCUGCUGGAGGGGAAGGGCAAGAGAUGGGUGGUGGCAGGGGGGGCGGUGACAAGGUCGACGAUGGGGAUGGGGGCAGUGGCAACGCAGACGAAGGGCACGAGGCUGGCAGUUUUGAGGGGGAUGCUGUUCUGCGGCGCCGCUUUGUUGUGGAGCUUCUGGGAAGUUUCUUCGCGUGUGGGGUGAGCGAUGUGUUCACCUGCAAGCUGAUUCUGCAGGUGCUGCGGCGCGUGUGCUGCCUGCCCUCGUACGCGGGCCACCUGGUGCGGCAAGGCGGGCUGCUGCUGUGGCUCACAGCCGUUGUGCACGCUGCCUCGCACAGCCUCCACCGUGCCCACGCCCACACCGCCCACCUCGCUCUCCUGCUGCCUUCCACUCCACGCGCACUGCAGCUCGCUGGAUCCCCUGGAGCCACAGAAGGAGCAGCUGCUGCAGGGCGGGCAGAGGGCAGGCAGCCAGAAGUUGAUGUUCUAGCGCUCGCGGUGGAGGUUAGUGGCUUUGCAAUGUGCCGCCAAGCACAGCAGCCUGCAGCGUUGCUGUCAAGUGGUGUUGUCUGUGGUGCUGCAUGGGCUGCUCUCAUGCCCAUGCAUGCAUGCAGCACUGCUCUCACAUGCCACCUCAACUUCCCAUCACCUCCUCCUCCUCACCUCUGCAUUGGAACCUGA